AUGGCCAUGCAAAGCUUCGCGUUGCCGGCGGGUGCCCUCGCACCUGCAUCGAAGCACGUGGGCGGCGUAGGCCUCCGCCAUGAAGUUCCGAAGAGCGGGCGCGGGCGCCUCGUGGCGCUGGCGCCGGCCGGCCUGUUGGUGGCUGCGAGGACCUGGGGCAAUCGCCAUGGGCGGCGGUCCGGCGCCGGGAGGGGGGCUUCGAAGCGCACGGUGACCAAAGAUCCCUACAACCCGGAGUUCAAGGAGACCUUCCAGUUCCAAGAUGCUUAUCCGAGUUCGGAGAAGAUCUAUCAGGAGGUCACCCACGAGCCCACCGGCCAGAAGCUGCGUGUGCCCUUCCGCCGCAUCCACCUGGAGGAUAAGGACCCCGGGUGUGAGCACCUGGACGUCUAUGACACCUCCGGGCCCCUGGGCUUCGAGCCCCGGGAGGGCCUGCCGAAGCUGCGCCACGAGUGGAUCCAGCAGAGGGCUUCUGACGAAGACGGCACCUGCACCCAGAUGUUCUAUGCCAGGCAGGGCGUCAUCACCGCGGAGAUGGCCUUCAUCGCUGCGCGUGAGGGCGUAGAGCCGGAGCUGGUGCGCUCAGAAGUGGCGCGGGGCCGCGCAAUCAUCCCCUCGAACCGCAACCAUCCGGAGUCUGAGCCUAUGAUCAUCGGUCGCAAAUUCAAGGUGAAGAUCAACUCCAACAUCGGCAACUCCGCGGUGGCCUCCACCAUCGAAGAGGAGGUUGAGAAGCUGCAAUGGAGCGCUUUGUGGGGCGCCGACACGCUGAUGGACCUCAGCACCGGCAAACACAUCCACGAGACCCGGGAGUGGAUCAUCCGCAACAGCGCCAUGCCGGUGGGCACGGUGCCCAUCUACCAGGCACUCGAGAAGGUGGACGGCAUCGCGGAAGACCUCACCUGGGAGAUCUUCCGUGAGACUUUGAUCGAGCAGGCGGAGCAGGGCGUGGACUACUGGACCAUCCACGCGGGCGUGCUGCUCCGCUUCGUGCCCCUCACCGCCAAGCGCCUCACCGGCAUCGUCAGCCGAGGUGGCUCUAUCCAUGCGAAGCUCUGCAUCUCCCGGCAUGAGGAAAACUUUGCGUACGAGCACUGGGACGACAUCCUGGACAUUUGCAAGAAGUACGACGUGUCCCUCAGCAUCGGGGAUGGGCUACGCCCCGGCUGCAUCAAGGAUGCCAACGACGAGGCCCAGUUUGGAGAGCUCAAGGUCCAAGGGGAGCUCACGAAGCGAGCGUGGGAGAAGAACGUGCAGGUGAUGAACGAGGGCCCGGGGCACGUACCCUUGCACAAGAUCCCGGAGAACAUGCGCAAGCAGCUGGAGUGGUGCCAUGAAGCGCCUUUCUACACCCUGGGCCCCCUCACCACGGACAUUGCGCCGGGCUACGACCACAUCACCAGCGCCAUUGGGGCCGCCAACAUCGGGGCCAUGGGGAGCGAGCCCUCGCGCGGCCGACCCGAUGAUCUGAGCUUGGAGCUCAGGGAGGUCAUCCAGAUGGUAUGGGUCUCAGAUGCCGGUUGA